AUGGUUGUGGAUACGUGCAGUUGUCCGUGGCAUGAUGGGUGUCGCAAAAAAUCCCCAUCCUCUGCUACUGGCAUUGAGAAAAAGAGAUCUCCACAAUUACGGAAUAAACGAGGAUUAUCGGACAAAAUCAUUACUGGGAUGCCGAACUACAACAAUAUCUCGAACCCUGCAGGACAGGAAUCGUCGGGCCUUGAGACGCCCGAGGCCGAGUCGACUCAUUCGAGUUCCGGUCAGUGUUCGGGGAUAACAGAAAGGGACAAUGGGAAACAUCAACCCGUAAAACCCCCAAGACCCGUUAAGAACCAGUAUCCCCGUGCACUCCCCAUCAGGUAUUCGUGA